AUGACGGCGUCCGCGGCGACGGCCCGCGCGGCGUCGAUCGCGGUCGCGGCCGCCGCCUUCCGCGAUCCCGCCGCGCGACGCCGUCGUCGUCGCGCGGCGACCCGCGCGCCCGCCGCGUCGAACGAUGACGACGUCGCGUCGACGUCGGCAGCCUCGGACGAGGAGCUGAUUCGACGGCUCCACGUCGCGUUCCUCGCCGUGCGACGCGGCUCUCGGUUCGCCGCGCAGGAGUUCGCGCUCGUCGCGACGGACGCGUACGAGCACGGCCUCUCCGUCGCCUCCUUGCGCAUGGACGUCGCGCUGUUAGGUCUGUCCACGUCGAACGCGAUGGGCAUGAGCGAGCAAGACGCCUUCUUAUCGCACUACGGCAUGUGCGCGAUGACGCUCUUCGAGCUGAGCUGGCCGUCCCCGCGCGGCGGCGUCGACUGGUGCCCGGUGGAAAACCUCGAGGAAGACAGAGAAGCGAACGGGCUGCUCAAGUACAUCCGCGCGACGUUCGCGCAGAGCGACGCGGGGUUCAACCUGAAGCGCAUGGAGAUGGAGAGGCUGCUCGCGAUUCAAGCGCGCGAAGCCGGCGACGACGACGCCGUCGACGACGUCCCCGCCGCGGAGAAGGGCAUCGGCGGGCGAGGGAGGGAGCGCGGCGCCGCGGGCGCGGCGACGCGCGAGCCGCCGUCCGUGCUGUUGAUGCGCACGAACGUCAGGCUGACGCUGUUGUUGCGGGAGAUGGUGUUGUUAUCCCGGGGGUUGAACCCGGUGAGCAGGGUCAUCAGCGCCGCAGACUACGAAGCCGACGCCGAGGCGGCGGAGCGCAAAAACGUGAAGAACGCGUACGCGAAAGACGCGUGGGCGGCGGAGGACGGCGACGGCGACGCAAAGAAACGCAUAGAAGACGCCGGUUACGACGGCGACGACGGUGACGAAGACGACGACGACGCGCAGAGCCCCCAGGUGGCGUUGGAGUGGUGCGUCGCGCCGCGCACGCCGGCGAGAACGCUCGCGGCGGGCCUCCUGACGUCCUACGUCUCCGUCCUCACGACGCACCCGGUCGGCCUGCGCGCGUUCGCAGCGCGCGCGAUCGAGGCGUACAAAUCCGGGAUACCCGCGAGAGAGAUCACCGCGGCGCUGCGGCCCGCGGAGUUUGACGUCGAGGUGAGCAGAAGAGGGAUGUUCGGCGACUCCGCCGACGCGACCAAGUUUUUCGCGUUUUACGUCACCACCGCCUACGCCGUCGCGCAAGAGCGCGGCCUCCUCCCCGGGUUCGACGCGUCCGAGAUCGACUCGGACGCGACGCGAGCGGCGAUCGCGGCGGCGUCGGACCCGGAUGCGUUCGCGUGGGCGCCCGCGCCCGGCGAGGAGGCGAGCGACGCCGCCGCCGCCGCCGGGAAAAAAACCGUCGCGGGGAUGCGGCCGAGCGUAGCCGCCUGGAUUGAUAUGGACCAGGAAGAGCUCGACGCGAAGGUGCGGACGCAGCUGAGCGUGGACGAGGACGAGGACGUGGACGUCGGCGCCACCGUGGACGAUGCGGACGCGGUCAUGGGGAAGGACGGCGUUUUCGGCGGGGGCGAGGGAGGCGGCGGCGGCGGCGGCGGCGGCGGCGGCGGCAGGGCGAGGCCGCCGGGGUUUGAGAACUUCACGCGCGACGACUUCUUGUCGGGGAACUCGAUCACGAUCGCCGCGCUGACGAUUCAGCGGAUGAUCGUGUCGUUCACGCUGCAGGAGAUCGAGCGCGCGGAGGCGUAG